GUUCAAGAAUAAUGGUCAUCCUUCUAAUCAGGAAAUGGUUUAGUGAAUUCUUGACGACCAUUAUGUGUUUCAUAAUGUUGAUUUUGACCAAAACUAGAAAGAAGACGAUAGACAGGGUUUCUUCUUCCAAAUUAAUGUUGGGAAAAUUAUUCCCUCCUGAAAUCUUGACGUUGUUUGGAUCUUGAAAUUGUUGAUCGUUUCCAUCCAAAUAAACUCAUAUGGUGAGUCCUCAAGGAUUGCAUGAAGAAAGAUUGGUAGCUGUGGGCAUUGAUAAAAAUAAAGGAAGUCAAUAUGCACUUAGAUGGGCUACUGAGAAUGUACUUGCAAAAGGCCAAAAGGUCACGUUACUCCAUGUUCCAUCAACACCUCCAUCCCCAACGUCGUUUCACAAUGGCAUAGUAGGAGGCAAUGAUCUAUCAAUUGGACAAGAUCCAAACAACCAAUGUACAGAUUUGUUUCUUCCUUUUCGAGUCUUUUGUUCUUUCAAAGAAGUAGCAUAUGACCUAAUCACACUUGAAGGUCAUGACAUUGCUAAGGCUCUCAUUGACUAUGUUUCACUAUAUAGAGUUCAAAAUUUGGUACUUGGUUGUCCAUCAAAGAAUGGGAUUUCAAGACUUUUCACUAAAAGUGAUGUUGCAAAUAUUGUACUGAAAAAGGCACCGAGCUUUUGCAAUAUUUACAUAGUUUCCAAAGGAAAGAUCAGUUCUGCAAGAUUGGCUUCUCACCCGUUGAAAAAGAGAUCCUCAGUUCCUAGCAUACAAAUUCCACUACGCAAUUCCAACUUUGAUGCAACUAGUUUCAUGUCGCCGUUUCCGAGGCUUAGUACAUCAACAAACAAGAUAGCAGAUGAGCUUAAUGUGCCAAAAGCCGAGCACUCAUUUCCAGGUUCAGAUAGACUGAGCACGGAUAGUGUAUUCCUGGAUUGCUAUGAUAAUUUAGGAUGUGAAUUUCAACCUCGUCGUCCUUCAAAAUCUUUGAAUUUCAUCGACAGCAAAAGUGGUGAUCACCCUACGAGGUUCAUUGGAUCAAAGUUUUCUGGUUUUAGUCCUACAAGGUUGGUUGAUCAUCUUGACUCCGCAUAUGACUUGCUACUAUCCGAACAGAAAUGUGAAGAAAACUCAUUGUCCUCAGAUAAAAUUAAAGAAAUGGAAGAAAAGAUGAGAAGACUAGAGUUACAAACAAUUCAGACUAUGGAAAUGUACCAUGCAGCCUGCAAAGAAGCACUACGAGAGAAACAAAAGGUUAAGGAACUUGAGAAUUUGAGGAAGGAAGAUGAGAAGAAACUAGUAGAAGCGAGGCGUCAAAAGGAAGAGGCAUUGGCCUGUGUUGCGAAGGAAGAGGCAUUAAGAAUGGCAUCAAAGGAAGAGGCCAAAGCAGCUCAAAAAAAGGCUGAAAGAGAGGCACAAAGGAGAAAGCGUUCGGAAAGAAAAGCACAAAAAAAAUCUGAGGCCAAGAAGACUGCACUAAAGUCCUUAGUUCACUCUCAAAAGGCCAUAAAGUAUCAAAGCUUACUUAGGAUACUUGUGGUUUUGAUAAUAUUUUACGUUUAUUUCUUUGAGUUGAGAUGAACCUUCAGUCAAUAGAGAAGAAAGGGGGAGGGAUAUGUUUGGUAUGUUAUCUAUUUUUUGCUUAAUUUUAUUAUAUAUUAAGAAAGUAAUAUAUUUUUUGAGUUUCUA